CCUGGCAUCUUAGCUGGCAGUGGAGCAGGCAAUCAUGGAUCAAGUAAUACAGUUUGUUGAGCCAAGUUGGCAGUUUGUGAAGGACUCAAUUCAGCUGGUUAAAAGAGGUACCAAACCUGAUAGAAAAGAAUUCCAGAAGAUUGCCAUGGCAAGAGCAACAGGAUUUGCUGUUAUGGGAUUCAUUUGCUUCUUUGUGAAAUUGAUCCAUAUGCCUAUAAAUAACAUUAUGGUUGGUGGCUGA